CACGUGGGGGUCCCAAAGUGGUCACUGAGGGAAUAGGUGCCUUUGACCCUAGGCUGAGCCUCUUCUGUGUUUGGGGACAGUUGCUGGCUUAUGAGGCACAUUCCUGAAAUUCAGUUGAAUUUAGUCUGUUUGCUUACCCAAUAGACAUUUCUUAGACAAAACUCUGUGGAAUGAUCAAGAAAAGCAGACCCAGGGAACCAGUUUCUGCCCCCAUGCCCACUCCUCCAUGCUCCAGUGGAGCCCAGAUGGCACUGGAGUGAGCAGCCCUGGCCUCUUACUGGGACUGUCUCCCCCAGAAGCUUGGUUUGGUCUAUGAGGUGCAGUAAAAGUAUAGGGCAAGGAAGGGUUCCAGCACUGUAUGGGUGUAGAUUUGAACCCCAGCCCCACCACUUUCCAGCUAGGCCCUGCUGCUCCAUGUCCUGGAGCCUCAGUUUGCCCAACUGUAAGAUGGGGAGGGAGGAGUAAUAGUACCACAUCGACAGGAUUGAGAGAGUGCACAGAGUAUCUGGUAGCAAGCAGGUCAUAGCCUGUGUUGCCUUCCAUACUGGCCCAGAAAGAUGACGUCUUAGCGCUCCUAGCUUCUAGGUGUAGGCCGCAACCUCCAGGGGUCUGGAGGACGUCCACCUUCAUGGAGCCCAGGUUCCAAGCAUAGUCCUGUUCAUUCUACCCUGCCCAAGAUGGACUUCCCUGUGGGGUACCAUCCCUGAGCCUGGGUGACAGGGUCCCCUCAGCCACUGCAGGGGUCAGGGAGGGCACAGGAGAUUCAGAGAGAGCAGAGUCCAGGGCAUGGUCUUAAGACCCACAGGGAGGAGAGGCCAGAGGCAGGGUGGAGGUGCUGGGAGCCGAGAAGAAAGCCCAUUCUCCUGUUAGGAAACCUGGUCCUGUGUUGGACCAGGUACAUCACACUACCAUGGCAACCACUCCAUGGCUCCAGAAGCUGUGCAGCCAUGCUGUGCAUCCAAGCUGAGUUGCAGUACAGUGGGCCCUAUCCAAGGAGCCCCGCCCCCUGCCCUAAGGGAAGUGGCCAAAGCCUCCCAGGCUCCCUGCAGGCUGUCUGCUCCAGCCCCAUCAUCUGCAUUCCUGGCCCAGCUUCUGGAGGGAUGUGGCCCACCCCUCAGUGCCCUUGUCCCCUGCAGCCAUGCUCUGGACCAGCGCCAUACAGUGCAGCUCUGUGCAGGAACCCUGCUACGGCAAGAGGCUGGGCAGUGACUUCUCCAUGGGCACCGUCAUCUGCUUGGAAUACAUUUCUGGUUAUGCCCUGCAGGGGUCACAAGAAAUUAAGAGCCUCCCUGUGCCAAGGGCCUUGGUGCAGUGGAAUGUCUGAGCACCCACCAGGACAGCUGGGGCCAGGUGAGGGAAGGCAGUGAGUGGGGGCACUGACAGCCCCUUCUCCCUGGGGGAGGCGGCAGGCCCAGCAGAUGCCUGCAGGCACAUGGCAGCCCCUUGCCAGCUGUGUGGUAUAGGGAGGCUGUCCCAUAGUCCUGAGGCUUGGUGUGAGAAAAGCAAGGAGGAGGAGCUGGGGUAUUGGGGCAGGCAUGCCUGGGGUCCUGGUCCCUGAAGCUGGGUAUAGUGGGACUAGUCCUUGGUGGAAGCCAAAGCCAGAACAAGAAGGUGUUCCUGAGGACACAGAGAGAAAUCAGCACAGAGGAGUCCCAGGCAGAGGCUGGGGGCCCUGAGGGAGAAGUCUGUGUAGGGAGCCCUGGGGUCCAGUGGGAGGAGCCUCUGACCAGAGCUGCAUCCCCUCCCAGUGCCCUGCAGAGGCAACCUCACAGAGCACAGGGGCAUCAUCUUGUCCCCUGGCUUCCCAGAGCCCUCCCUCAACAGCCUCAACUGCGUGUGGAAGAUCAUGGUCCCUGAAGGUGCCAGCAUCCAGGUAGGGGCACAUGGGCACCUCAGGCUGGCAGGUGCUGGUCACUGGCAAGCACUGAGCUAGUCUGGGCCCUGCCCCUGCAGCCUGCACACAGAAACACAGCAGCUAUUCCUCUUGAAGCAUGGAGAGGAACAGGGAGAAAGAGACAGGAGGCCCAUCAAGAUGUGGCCUUGCAAACACACUCUGAUGAUCUUCCAGUCCUUGGCCUUGGCCUUUGUCUCAGCUGCUGAUAUUUCAGGACAUGGGCCCCAAAAUGGACUGCAUUUCCAGGCUUCCCAUUCACAUGCAGGUCGGGAACUGCCUGGGAAGGAUGAGUGGGUUUUCUGGAGUGACUGCAAUGCUCUGUAGUUUUGACAGGGGUUUGGGUGACACAGGUGCCAACUGUUGUGUCAACACUCAGAACACGUGCACACUUCCAAUCAUGACAGUGUGAACGCAAUUUGUGUGUUUCAUUGUAUGUAAGUUCCCCUCUGAAGAAAUAAAAAGCCCAUGUAGUUAUCAGAGCCUCCUGAAUGGAAGACUGCCCAUCUGCUGCACAGAGAGGGGCUGCGGCUGAGGGCCGAGGCUCACCGGUCCUUCCUCACUCCUUUACACAAGCACUGGGCUCCCUGCUGGUGCAUGGUGCCCCAGGCAGCCUGCAUCUCCCAAGGCAGCCACCAGGAGGGCAGAGUCUCCCCUGAUCCAAACUCCCUGGGCCAUCCCCAAGUGCCUAGAGUCAGACCUAGCUACAGGUUAGCUCCCCGCCCUCCUCUCCCUUCUGCUGUCCUUGCUCUGGGUGGGGCAGGCAGAGUACAGCCACGCCUUGAGCCCUGCAGCCCUUGCGAAGUCCACUCCAACACACAGAGAUUUACUUGGUGCCUUUUAAGGGCUUGCAGCUGCAGAUGCACGCCCUUUGGGCCUGGGAGAAGCGCAGAAGCUGCCCGUCAGGAGAUGCCAUGCUGCUACCUGCUGCCUGGGAGUCAGCCAGUCAAAGCAGGGUGAGGACGAUCUCAGGAGAGAAGGCGAGCAUGAGCUCAUGUGGCCUCAGCCCUUGUCCUCCUGUUGCUGGGGUCAAAUUGGGCAUGGUCUGAAUCUUGGCUCCAUGGCUUACGUAGGUCACAUGUGGAACCUCCCUCAGUUGGGUCCUCUCCUGUGAUACGGGGUGACGUGGCCCGUGGCAAGGGGAGGAGGGGACGUGUAGCCCUGCAGGCCCCAUCCUGCUCAUGGAACCUUCUGGGCAUGUGCUGCUUCCAUGAGGAAGGCCUGAGCAGGAAGGAAGAGGAAGAGGAAGGCUGAGGUGGAUGCUGAGGAAAUCGCUUUAUAUAAUGCCGGGUAUAUAAGGAGGGCAGGGUCAGCACUGGUUGGAGUAGAAAAGUCAAGGAGUGAGGAGCCCACAGAGGUGAGCUGGAAGGGCCCUGGCCAAGCUUGUGAAGGCUCUGGAUGAGAAGGGUGGACUCUGUGUGAUGGCUGAGUGGUGGUCUAGGGAGUGCCCUGGUGCAUGGGGACAUGCUAAGCAGGACUGGAUGGCAGUGAGGAUGAGGUGGCUGAAGCAGCCUGGGCGCCGCGUAUGGAAUGAGAGGGGGCAGUGCAGACCACAGGAGGCAGAGUGCAAGGAGCCACCGGCUGCUCCCUGACAGGAGCUGUCCUGACCUUGAACACAGUAGGAGAAAUUCUGCAGACUGCCUCGGGACCACCUGCACCGGCCUGCGGGCUCAGCCUGAGCCCCUGAGCGUCACAGAGGUGCAUCUAGGAGAGAGGCGCCCUCCUACCGCAUCUCCCUCUGUGUCUUGGCUCUUGGGAUUUGUCCGCAGGGUGAGGGAGAAGGACAGUGCUGAGGUGUUCGGCCUGGGGCUGGGGUUCUUCCUGGCCCCGAGCUCAGCAGGUGGACCAGGCAGCCAGAGGACCCUGGAGGACGCCUUCCUGCCCCAGGAAUCUGGAGUCUGCAGAGCCUCGGUGCUGUCUGCGUGUGCAUGCGCUAGUCCUUUUCUUUUUUAUUAUAAUGAAGUUCCCUGGGGCAGGCUGCUCACAAAGAAAAAGGCAUAUGUCAUUCACAGCGUGUGAGGUUCAAGGGCAUGACGCUAGCAUCAGCCCAGUUCCAGUAAGGCUCCUCCUGGCUGCGUCAUGUCAAGGUGACGCCAAGGGUAGAAAUGAGUGGGGCAGGGCAGGCUCAGGCUUUUAGAACAGUGACAGGAGAAGCAGCUUCAUCUCUUUCCAGGGCAUGCCCCCAGCUGACCCAGGACCUCUCACUAGGCCUCGCCUCCCAGUGCCACCACCCUGGGGCCCAUGGUCCCAAUACAUGGACCACUGGGGGACAAACACAGCCAACCAUAGCAGUGCCUCGCUAUGGGCAGCCCCAGCCCCCGGGCUGGGAGCUUCUUCCCACUGCCUUGGUCUGCAGGAUGGUGCCAUUCUCCCUUUGCUUUGUCUCCACCUUGUCUAGCCGUGGGCCUGAGCAGCUGUCCAGAACCCGCUGUGCCCAGUAACGGGGUGAAGAGCAGCCAGUGCUACCUGGUGAAUGAUGUGGUCUCUUUCCAGUGAGCCGGGCUGUGCCCUCCAGGGCCAUGCGCACAUCUCCUGCAUACCGGGGACCAUUCUGUGCUGGAACUACGCUCCUCUGCAUUGCACAGUGUGGGGGAGCAGUGGAAGAGAUGGAGGGGGUCAUCCUGAGCCCUGGCUUCCUGGGCAACUACCCCAAUAACAUGGACUGCUCUUGGAAGAUCACACUGCCCAUGGGCUUUGGAGCUCACAUCCAGUUCCUGAACUUCUCCACUGAGCCCAACCAUGACUUCAUGGAACUCCACAGUGGCCUGUACAAGACCAGUCACACCAUGUACUUCCACAGUGACCACUCCUGGAAUCGGCUGGGAUUCAAGCUAGAGUACCAGAGUAAAGUUACAGAGAGGAGAGAGAAAGAGGUCUUCCAUCUGCUGGUUCAUUCUCCAACUGGCCGCAACAGCCUGAGCUGUGCUGAUUUGAAGCCAGGAGCCAAGAGCUUUUUCUGGGUCUCCCACAUGAGUGCAAGGGCCCAAUGGGCACUUUGGCCAUCUUCUGCUUUCCCAGGCCAUAGCAGAGAGCUGGAUUGGAAGUGGAGCAGCCGGGACUCAAACUGGCACCCAUAUGGGAUGCCAGCACUGCAGGCAGCAACUUUACCUGCUAUACCACAGUGCCACACCCCCCCCCCCCCCAGUGUUUUAAAGUGUGCACUGUGUUUGAAAUUCUCUCCACACCCACUGCAGCGUCUCCCUUCAGUACAAACCCACCUCAUCUCCUGCAGGAGUCUCUCUUUGGGAAAGCUAAGGAGCCGCUGUCCUCAGGGUCAUUUCUGCCCCCAGAGGCCCUGCCUCUCCCUGGGAACCCCAGGCACCACAUUGCUGAUGUCACUGACGCUGUCCCCUCUCUCUCAAAAGCCUGGCAUGUCUCCAGGCCACAUCUGGCUGUGGUGUGGGUCUCGCCUGUGCUGCUGUGCACCACGUGUUCCUCAGGGAGGCAUUCUUUAAAGGCCCAGGCUGUCCUGGUCCAGUGAUUCCUAAGGCAACAGGCUCCCUGCUUCCACUGCGGUGCCCACCACCCUCAGCCCUAACCCCCUGACAGAGCUGUGGCUCCCCUUGGACCCACCCACACCCAUCGAGGCUUCCCCGUUCUUUAACAUGCCCUGCCAGCUGGGUGACUUCACAGUGACACCUGCCAGGUUCUUGCCAUAGAGCCUGCCCUGGGCGACAGCAAACAGAAACAGCACAGUUGCCUAGAAAUGUGAUCGUUUCUUUUUGUGGUGUUAUUGCCUCUGAUAAAGGCAUCCCCUGCUAGAUGCUGCAUUUAGUCUCAGCUACUUCCAUGAAGAAUCUUUACUGUAGGAAUGUUCCAGCUCCUUCUGCUGGUGGUUUUCUGUGCCAGAUGCCUGCCAUGAAAGCUGUUCCUUGUCCUGUGGGCCCCGCUCUACAGCUCCAUUGGCGGCCUCCCCCAUUGGGAUGGCCUCAGCGAUUUAACAUCUGGGCAUGUCCUUUUGAGUCAGGGC